AUGAAGCGUAAUAUUAUCACUUCUUGCCCCAGCACAAUAACACCUGUUCAUCCGAAGCAAAUAAUGAUCUGGGGAGUUUGGGGAAGGAGAUUGGAAGGAUUGCUAAUUAAAAAUUUACUGACAACUUUCCGCGAAUCAGAGUUGGGCGAUCCAAAAUUUUUUGUAUGGAUCGCCGAUCCGAUCUAG